AUGGCCGACGAUCAAGAGCAGCAAGCUCCUGUGCAGAAUGUGGAGGAACCACUUGACUUGAUCCGACUGAGUCUUGAUGAAAGGAUUUAUGUUAAGAUGAGGAAUGAGCGUGAGCUGAAAGGAAGGCUUCAUGCUUAUGAUCAGCAUCUCAACAUGAUAAUGGGGGAUGUUGAGGAAACCGUCACAACAGUGGAGAUUGAUGAAGAAACUUACGAGGAGAUUUACAAGUCAACCAAGAGGAAUAUUCCGAUGUUGUUUGUACGAGGAGAUGGUGUGAUUCUGGUAUCGCCUCCCAUGAGGACAGGCACUUGAACAACACAACUGCAAAUUUUGAUUUUCUUUUUUUUAUGUUGAUUUUGUACUGUUUAUGUGCUAAUUCAUGAUCUGCAUCAAACACAUUAAACUCAUAUUCAUUUAUAAUUUUA